GCAUAUAUAGAAGCAUGUCACGCAAGGACAGAAGGUGGGGACAUGGGAGAAGAUGCACAGAGACCACAAGUUGCGAUGCAACUACUGUAAGGUUGUGUACCACGGAAACCAGUUCAAGGACGCGCGACACUUCACGCAGCCUAAGAGGUGCAAGCAGGUUCCGAUGUCAGCAUUGGCAGAUUCGUGGAACAAUACGGAUUACAAAUUUGACUACCGGCACGAGCCUGGUAUACGACAGUAUAUGGAGGAGCAGGGCAUAGUCGACGCUAGAUCUUUGUCACAGCGGGGCACGCAGCGUCGCAGGAAGUCUUGGAGGAGAUACCGCAAGGCCCCGAAGGCAGUGGCAGACUUGCCACGUGAAGUAUGGUUCGUGAAGCUCACUUUCAAGGAGAUUGGGGGAAGUGGGGUUACAUCUCAGCGAGAUGCAGUCGCCACCAUGCUCGCGCAUAACCGCGCAUUGUUCAAGGCGAUUGGGGCCACCAUCUUGACACAUGGUAGGAGGUCUAGGGAUUUCAAGCCGAUUAUUCACUUCCUUGCUGCUGGCAAGCAUGGCGCGCUCCUGUACGCCACAGUGUGUCGGGAUGGAUCAGUUCCUGAGACGACGGAGAUAGUCCUGAGGAGAUGGAAGGCCAUUUUUAGGUCCUCCCCUCCAAAUGACGUUUUGGCGAUCUGCACGGAUUCUGCGACCAACUACACAUCGGCCGCAAAGCUCCUUGCGAAGGACGCUGACCCGGAGCUGCGUCGCAUCACGUGGCUCCCGUGCUCCACCCACGUUUGGAACUUGAUGUUGUCAUGCAUAGGGACCCAGGUAAACUGCAUUGCCUCGGCCAUUCUUCUUGGAAGGGCCUUGGUGCAGUUUAUCAAGAUGCACGACGCUGCUCUUCACCUUUUCAGGAGGAAGCGCAAGCGCAGAUCUCUUGUUCAACCAGUGGAGACGCGAUUUGCGUCCGUCUUUUUUAUGCUCCUUCACCUAAAGGAGCGUAGAGACGCCUUAGAGUCGAUGUUGCACGCGGACGCUUGGGACAACAUCCCCUGGGAGUCUCGGUUGGUCAAGCAGGCAGUAUGGGUGCGGCAGACCAUCCGUGACGCAGAGUUUUGGCGGGAUGUGGACUAUGCCAUUAUCAUCAUGACCCCCAUGGACCAGUUGCUGAGGAGGUUGGACAGGGGCGGGAUGGUUAUGUCGCUGGUUUACUCUUGGAGUCGUCUUAUGGUCACUAAGUUGCGAGCCUUACAGGAGGUUCAGGCAGUCCCCUCCGAGAUAGUCAAGGAUUGUAUCGACCAGGUCCUCGCCCGUCACCAACAUAUGUUCGAGUCGGCGCACGCCGCGGCGCAUCUCGUUAACCCUCGCAGGCGUUCUCUUCGAUACUACGAUACGAGGGUGAGGAGUGCGGAGGACUUGGAGGUCGUGCAGGAGUGCGACAACUUCUUCCUUGCCCAGACAUGGGGUGAUCGGGCAGGCGCUCGCUACUUGCGGGUGCCUGAGCAGAUGAGACUGUUUCACGCGUGUAUAGGCCCUUUGAUGACCGACCUUGCGACGAGGGAUGCGGAGGCGCGGGCAUGCAUUGAGGAUGACGGAACACCGAGAUAUGCAGCUUGGUGGCAGGAACACGGCGGGAGCACGGAGGCGCAUACCCCGACCUCCAUGAGAUUGCAGCACGUGUGCUGCACAUGUGGACGUCCACCUCUCCUGCUGAGAGGAACUGGGCGGAGCAUGAGUGUGUGUGCACGGCGAGGCGUAACAGGCUGGAGUUCACAAAGCUCGCUCAAUUGGUUGAGAUUGCCACCAAUCUCAAACUGUUGGACUGUUUUCUGAGUCGUCAGUCGGUUACGUUCUUCCGUGGGGAGACUUGGACACUU